CCCACCCGCCCUGGGGUUCUAUGCCAAAGGAGCGUGGCUGAGUUUGCCCUGGGCUGUGGGAGGAGCCCCAACCCCAUUUUCAUUUCACCUGACAGGCUCCCCCGUGUCCCCAGAAUCUGGUAGCAUCCCUGGGGUGCUGGCGACAAUCCUGCUACCUGCAGCCUGGCUCACUAGCGCAGCGGGCCGAAGGGGGGGGCGUGAAGACGGAGGAGCUACCCGGGGCGCGCCUUUGUCUCAGUGUCUCCAGCACACGCAGAGCUGAGUGCAUGUCUCUCCGCCCCUUUGUUGGUCCCAGGAAGUGUCAGCUGAUGGAGGGCUCUUCUGUGGCUGGUAUUUUCUAAAGCUGCCUCUGGAGCUCUGUUCUACUGGGAGCCGUCUCUUCAGGCCGCUCAGGCAUGGUGAUGAGCAGUGGGACCCGGCAGGAGCCCGCAGGCGAGAACAAUGCCCCGCACGGGAAAGAAGCAAAAACUCACCACGAGAAAGGUGCAGAUGAAGCAAAAGACUUAACCAUCCCCACCAACGUCCAGCCGCCCCCGCGAGCGGAGAGGAACGUUUUACAGUUACGGCUCCAGCAGAGACGAACCCGUGAGCAGCUGGCAGACCAGGGCAUCAUGCCACCCCUGCAAAGCCCACCUGCGUUCCAUGAGCAAAGGGAGACCCCGGAGCGAGCCAAGACUGAAGAUUACCUAAAGCACAAGACCCGGAGCAGGCCUGAGCAUCCAGACCUGGUCAAUAUGCACAUUUUGCAAGAAUCAGCCGCAGAGGGGUCCAUUCAGGCUACUCAGAUGAAGCUGAAAAGAGCCCGACUUGCAGAUGAUCUCAAUGAAAAAAUUGCUCUCAGGCCAGGCCCUUUGGAGCUGGUGGAGAAGAAUAUUAUUCCCGUUGACUCGGCUGUGAAGGAAGCCAUCAAAGGUGCCCAGGGGAGCUUCUCUAAGCCAGCUGAUGCUUUUGCCUUUGAAGAAGACAGCAGCAACGAUGGCCUGUCCCCGGAGCUGGCCAGGAGGGAGGAUUCGCAGGGCUCCUCAGAAUCACCAGCAGGCCCAUCAGGGACAACUCAGGAUCAUUCCCACAGCUCGGAAAAGCUCAUCACUGACCUGACAGUGCAGAACAGCCAGUGCGAAAGCCCAAAGCAGAGGAAUGGCCACCAGAGCCCUCCCCUCCUGGUGCCGGCAGCCGUGAAGCCAAAACCAUCCAGCGAUAGCAAGAGCCGCCACAAAAAGCCCAAGGACACCAAGCCAAAGGUGAAGAAGCUGAAGUAUCACCAGUACAUCCCGCCUGACCAGAAAGCAGAGAAGUCUCCUCCACCCAUGGACUCAGCCUAUGCAAGACUCCUCCAGCAGCAGCAGCUCUUCCUGCAGCUGCAGAUCCUCAGCCAGCAGCAGCAGCAGCAGCACUUCAGCUACUCUGGGCUCCACCAAGCCCAGCACAAGCAACCAAGUGAGCAAAUCAUCAAAGGUUCAAACUCUUCAGCAGCUCCCAUCACCAGCUUGCCCCUUUCUCCAGUGAAAACCACCUUUGCUGGGCAGACCUGCAUUCCUUCUGCCAAGCCCGGCCCUCUGCCUUCCAACCUGGAUGAUCUAAAAGACUGCGGCGGCAGCGCGGGGCCGACCUACAGCGAGAUCACAACCGUCACCUUCCCCGUCACCCCCACCAGCACAGUGUCCAGCUACCAGGCCCAGCCCUCGGCCAGCAUGCUCCCCGGCAGCUUCUACCCCUUCGGCAGCACCAGCUCCUCCCUGCCCAUCUCCCCGGCGUCCUCCGACCUCUCCGCCAGCGGCUCCUUGCCAGACACGUUCAGCGAGGGGCCCGUGACCUCACCCCCCUUCGCUCUCCAGCCUUCCCCGGUGCCGGGCAGCGCUGACGACAGCCUGGUGGGCAGCGUGACGGGCGGAAGCAUCCAGCUGGAGCUGGAGGGGAUCGACACGGAGAAAGACAAGAUGCUGGUGGAGAAGCAGAAGGUCAUCAACGAGCUGACGUGGAAGCUGCAGCAAGAGCAGAGGCAGGUGGAGGAGCUGCGCAUGCAGCUGCAGAAGCGAAAAAGGAGCAAUGCCCAGGAAGAGCAGCCCCUCGGCCAGCGUUUCUUCGGUGUUCCUGUCAAGCAGGAGAGCCCGGUCUCCAGCUGCCCGUUCUCCAAGCAGACUGCCCCGAAUACCCAGGCCACCAGCCUGGACAAGCCGCCUCAUGCUGUGCAUAGCCAUUGCCUGGAGUCAGCGGGCCAGAGCGCCACCACCUCCUCCACCUUCCUGAGCCCGCAGUGCUCGCCGCAACAUUCGCCGCUGGGGGCUGCCAGAAGCCCGCAGCACAUCAGCCUGCCACCGUCCCCUAACAGCCACCACCUGCUGGCCGUGUCCCCGGGCACCCUGGGGGAAGGGCGCAGCGGGUCCCCACAGGCCACCCACCGACUUCGUCCAGCUCCGAUGGCUACGCAGGCAGGUCAAAAGUUUUCUAUUCCAUCCCCAAGCUUUUGUAAGUCAAGCCCAGCCCUCUCGGAGGUAAAGCAGCCUCCGUCCUAUGCGGAUGCAGUGAAGCAGCAGAUGACUCGAAGUCAGCAAAUGGACGAGCUGCUGGAUGUGCUGAUUGAGAGUGGAGAAAUGCCAGCCAAUGCCAAGGAAGAUCGUUCCUGCCUCCACAAAGUACCUCAGAUCACAGUGUCCUCAGGCAACGCCGGCGCGCCACUUCCCAAGGCCUCUGCUCCAUUUGAACACCUGCCCUCAGCCCAGCUCUCCUACGACCACGGCACAGGCAGCGGCGACGCCCAUCUCGAAGUCCUGCUAAAUUCCCAGAGUCCCCUGGGGAGGGUCAGCGAACUCUCCCUCCUGAAACUGGGCGGCGAGGAGCCGCACUUCGAAGGGCUGAUGGACGGGUUUUCCAGCAAAGUGGCAGAUGAACUUCUGACAGCGCAGGAGAUUCCCCUCUCGCCCAUGGAGACCCAGCUCUCGCCCUCUCCAGAGGGCUCUGGCUUACAAAUGAGUUUCACUGAAUCACCCUGGGAGACGAUGGAGUGGCUGGGGCUCACCCCCCCCCCCCCCCCCCGCUCAGCCACUGGCUUUGGCUCUCUCGCCACCACGGGGCCCAGCCUUUUCAAUAUCGAUUUCCUAGACGUCAGCGACCUCAGCUUAAACCCCACCAUGGACCUCCAUUUGCAGCAGUGGUGAGGGGAGCAGAGGCAGAGACGCUGCCUGGGUGCUGUGCCGCCAAAGCCGCC